AUGUAUGGUGGGGUGUAUGGAGAAGGGGGUGGUGACUUCGACGCCCCUAUGGGACAACAUCAACAACAGCCACCUGCCCAGCGGCUACAUCCAGAUGCAGCAUCCUUACCAGCUCCUCCAGGAACUACAUUGGACAACACGACGGCUGAGAUCAGCCACUCGUUAGCAGUUGUUCGGGGAGAAUCUAGAAUACAGCCGGCAGAAGAGCAUAUGGAUUUAUCGGAACAGGAUUCCUCCAGCUUCUCCGCUACGAGAAACAACCGACAAAGUGAGGUGGCAGCCACCCUGCAGCGGUCCAGCCAGCAGCCAGCAGCCAGCAGCUGUCCCAGCCAGCAGCCAGCAGCGGUUCCAGCCAGCAGCCAGCAGCGGUUCCAGCCAGCAGCCAGCAACGGUUCCAGCCAGCAGCCAGCAGCGGUUCCAGCCAGCAGCCAGCAGCCAGCAGUGCUCCCAGCCAGCAGCGGUCCCAGCCAGCAGCGCUCCCAGCCAGUAGCGGUCCCAGCCAGUAGCGGUCCCAGCCAGCAGCGGUUCCAGCCAGCAGCGGUCCCAGCCAGCAGCCAGCAGCGGUCCCAGCCAGCAGCCAGCAGCGGUUCCAGCCAGCAGCCAGCAGCAGUUCCAGCCAGCAGCCAGCAAUGGUUCCAGCCAGCAGCCAGCAGCCAGCAGUGCUCCCAGCCAGCAGUGCUCCCAGCCAGCAGCAGUCCCAGCCAGCAGCGGUCCCAGCCAGUAGCGGUCCCAGCCAGUAGUGGUCCCAGCCAGCAGCCAGCAGCCAGCAGCGGUUCCAGCCAGCAGCCAGCAGCCAGCAGUGCUCCCAGCCAGCAGCAGUCGCAGCCAGCAGCCAGCAGCCAGCAGCGGUUCCAGCCAGCAGCGGUCCCAGCCAGCAGCGGUAUCAGCCAGCAGUGGUCCCAGCCAGCAGCGGUUCCAGCCAGCAGCCAGCAGUCGUCCCAGCCAGCAGCAGUCCCAGCCAGCAGCGGUCCCAGCCAGCAGAGGUCCCAGCCAGCCUCAGCAGCAGCAGCGUCCCCACCGGCCAUAUAG